AUGGCGCUGGACUUCCGGGAGAAUGGCAGCGGCGGGGCUGCAACUUCGGGGGUCGAGGACGCGAGCGACGGUCCCACCAGGCUGGCAGCGUCGAUCCCUGCCGGUGUUAUGAUACAGUGGAUGCUCGACUGCCCCGGAUUCGUCGAAAAGCUGUUGGCCAACACGUCUGGGCAUACGUUGUCGGAGUCAGACAGGGUCAACGGAAGGGUGCCCGAAGCUCAUGCCAUGCCGAUUCCUACGCGGAGAACCGAUGGGGUUCGACAGGGUGCAACGUACGCCAAGCACCUUCCCUGGAGACCAGAGGGAGCAGAGCGCCUCUUUCACGAUCGACGACGGACAGGAAACCAUUGGAACCAUGACGAGGAGCGCUUAGUGUUCUUGACGCCGGCCCAUCUGUUCACGGACGCCUUCGACUUUCGCAACCAGCUUGGGGCAUGGCCGUUGGUCGGCCUUUCAGCGCCUAGGGUGAGGUGGAAGGACGAUUUGGGCUUCAUUUUGGAGGCUAUCAGCGUUCUGCAGAAGGGGUGCCGGGCAAGGCUCGCGACUGCGGACAAGGUCAAGGAGGACGGAGAUGGCAGAACCGCGGUAGCGAGACAUGUGCCAGACUGA